AUGGCUCCAUAUUCGGUAAUGAUCACUGGUGCCAAUCGAGGCAUUGGUCUCGGUCUUGUGAAGGAGUUUCUGAAGAACAAAGAAAUUUCGCACAUAAUUGCAACAGCUCGUGAUCCAGACAGCGCCGAGCAUUUGAGGGAGAUAAGCGAUCCUCGGCUGAGCAUUGUGAAACUGAACGUCACCUGUGAUGAGUCUAUUAGGCACGCUUACACAGAGGUGGAGAAGAUCGUUGGUGAUAAAGGGCUCACUAUACUGCUGAACAAUGCAGGCGUCUUCUUGCCGUAUUUUACGAAUCAGGAACCGAAUCGGGCUGAUCUCAUCAGAAAUUUUGAUGUCAACGCAGCGAGCGUAGCCGUUCUGACCCAGAUCUUCCUACCGCUCCUGCGUAAAGCUGCGCUUCAAGUGUCAUCAGAAGAGUUCUCUCCGGACCGUGCAGCAAUUCUGAACAUUUCAUCUGGUGUGGGAUCAGUAAGCACGAAUACGUCGGGGUCAGGGAAAUUUGGAUCGCUGGCCUACAGAAUGAGCAAGUCUGCGUUGAAUGCGCUUAUGAAGACGAUGUCUAUAGAUCUCGAGUCAGAACAUAUUCUCAUUGUCAGUUUCUGCCCCGGAUGGGUUAAGACGGACAUGGGAGGACCAAACGCAACUAUUACGGUCGACGAAUCAGCGGAAGCACUGGUUUCUUCAUUUGCUAAACUAAACAAAGACCAUCACGGUGGCUACUUCAGAAGGACUCUUGAACCUAUUCCGUACUGA